UGAGUGUGUGACAACAAACCCUGAAUCCGUAGGUUUAGGUUACGAUUGGGGAUUCCAUUUCUGUGAUUAUGAUUUUGUGAAAAUUUUCAUGUGAGUAUCAUUCUGUCUGUUCAUUUUUUUUUUUCUUCUCAUCAGAGUCUAAAUGUCUGAGACAAAGAUGGAUGAUGCAAUGGAAAGUAGUGAAAGACCUAUUUUCAGAGAUAUUAGACGCUAUUCCUGUCAAUACUGUGGCAUGUCCAGGUCUAAGAAGACCCUUAUUACCUCUCAUAUCAAUUCUCACCACAAGGAGGAGGCGGAAAAAGCAGGACUCCAAAGAGAUCAGGAAUCGGAGGGUAUAAAAUUGAAUACAUGUAAGGAAUGUGGUGCUAGAUUCAAAAAACCUGCCUACCUAUUGCAGCACAUGCAAAGCCAUUCACUUGAGAGGCCGUAUAUUUGUACUGUUGAUGAUUGUCAGGCAAGUUACAGAAGAAAGGACCACUUGACUCGUCAUCUUCUACAGCAUAAAGGGAAAACUUUUACAUGUCCAAUUGAGAAUUGCAGCUGUGAUUUUGCUUUCAAGGGAAAUAUGACAAGACAUGUCAAGGAGUUUCAUAACAAGAAUUCUGCCUCUACAGGUGUUAAAAAUCAGAAGCAAUAUGUGUGCCCAGAAAUUGGCUGUGGCAAGGUUUUCAAAUUUGCUUCAAAGCUACAGAAGCAUGAAGAUUCUCAUGUUAAGCUGGAGUCAAUAGAGGUAGUGUGCUUAUAUCCUGGUUGCAUGAAGCAUUUCACUAAUGUCCAGUGCCUUAGAGUCCAUACUAAAUCCUGCCAUCAAUAUGUGACCUGUGAAACUUGUGGGAAAAAGCAACUGAAGAAGAACAUUAAAAGGCAUCUCUGUAAGCAUGAAACUGGUAGUUCAUCAGAGGUGUUUCAUUGUGAAAAUAAGGGUUGUAGCAGCACAUUCUCAAAUAAAUCCAAUCUUCGUAAGCAUGUGAAGGCUGUGCACUUGCAAAACAAACCUUUUAUGUGUGGCUUCCCCGAUUGUGGCAUGAGAUUUGCUUAUAAGCAUGUGAGAGAUAACCAUGAAAAAUCUGGUUCACAUGUUUUUACCCUUGGGGAUUUUGAAGAAUCUGAUGAACAAUUCAGGUCAAGGGCAAUGGGAGGGAGGAAGAGGAAGUUUCCUACGGUUGAAAUGUUAGUUAGGAAGAGAGUUGCUCCACCAAGUCAACUGGAGUUGAUCAUGAAGGGUAGUGAAGAGAUGUAUUGAGCUUUUCAUGGACUUCUCACAUUACAGAUAGAGUGAAUGGUUGCCCUUGUUUCCACUGUGUGCUCAGUAGUGUGUGUGUGUGUGUAGGAUUAGGACAAUAAUCUAUAGCGUUGGAUAUUAAACCUCGUUUAUUGUGUAUAAAAUUAUAUGUUCAUAAUAGAUUCAACAGUAACACUGCACAUUUUUUGUCAUCUUGUUGGGAAGGGAGUAGUGAUGUUCUAUUUUUAUCACUUUUAUGUUUGAUUCUCUCCCGCAUGCUCCCUUCUUUACCCCCUUUGU